AUGUACUCAUGCAAAUGGUGACUAGGAUCGUUAAAGUGAAACCUUUCUUAUAGUUUCAUUUGAAAUAUUCAAAACGCUCGUAUGCUUGAUCGUUAGUUGCGUUUGACGCAAUUGAAAUAUUUAAUUUAAAAAAAAUAGAGUUUAUUAGCCAAUAUUCAUACCUCUUAUGACAAUGGAGCCUAUGACUUUGGGAUCACCUGUUAGUAGCCCAGUACAAAAUCCAUGUAGCCCUGGUGGUACCUCCAUGUAUCUUCCAAGUUUUCUUUUAGGAGAUACAAAUAUUCCCGUCAAAAUAGGAGUAACGAGUCCUCAAGAUAAUAGUAUAAGGCAUUUGAAUGCAACCAAUUGUAGUAUAAUGUCGCCGGUCUCCCAAUAUGGCACACCAGACUAUCGUAUUAAUCGUCAGAAGGCUGUUUUUGGAAAUGCUACUACGCCGAAUACAUCUCAAAUAGGUGCAGAAAAUCAAGCCGGUGGACCGCCGACUCGUGGAUUGUUUGAUGUUAUAGAAACUUCGCCGGCUUUAACGACUCAUAAAGUAACAUCAAAUCAAAACACACCAAAUUUUUAUCCAAAUCAGUCGAAAAUGUUAAUGAAUUCAAUCAACAGUAUGUUAUUCCCAGAUAGCCCAUUGAAUUUGAAUGCUAACGAAUCCCAAGGACUUUUACAAUGGGUUACUGUCUUUGGUUUUCCUCCAAACGCUAUUAAUACAGUACUUUCUCAUAUUUCUAGCAAAGUUCGUAUAAUAGAUAAACAUCCACCGCCUUUGCCAAUAAGCAAUUGGAUACAUUUGAAAUGUGCGUCCGAACAAGAAACACAAAGAGCAUUAGCAUGUAAUGGUAGUAUAGUUUCUGGGUCAAUUAUGAUUGGCGUAAUACCGUGUACCGAUGAAGCUGUUAUUUUGAGCAAUGAUAAAGAAAAUCGCUCCAAAUUAAAUGGAAGUAUGAGAUCCUUUGGUACUUCUAAUAAAAUUAAUCAAAGUAAAGAUCAGAGUACACCGCAUACACCAAUUAGAAUAAAAAAUGCAAGACCUCUUGCAGUUGGAUAUAGUCAACAUUUAAAUUCACAAUCAGUACAAUCACCAGAAAAUGUUCCACAAAAAUCUACUGGUUUAGUUUCCAAAGCAAUGGAAUAUAUGUUUGGAUGGUAAUCAAAAUGUUUAUAAUAUCAUAGUUAUGUGAAGUUCAAUUGCAAUCUAAUUUUUAUAAAAAAAAAAAAAUGUACAUUAAUCAAAAUAAAUACAUUAUUAAAAAUAUUUACUUAACUAGGGAUAAAUAAAUAUUUUAUAAUUAAUGUUCUCCAAUUAUUAAAUUUUUAUACUUUUAUUGCACUGUUUUGAAAAUUUUUAAAUGAACAUUGAAUAACUGCUGAAUAAUUUAAAAAAGUAAAAGUAAUAUUAUUUAUAACUUCUCAAAAUGAUUCUCUGUUGAUAUGGUACUGUCCAAUCUUAUUGUUAUAUUAAAUAUACAUAUAGUGUGAAUAAUAGUUAAAUCUUAUGCUACAACAUGAUACAUAUAUUUCUUACAUAUUGUGAAACAUAUGACAAAACAAUUCGUUUAUUUGUAAGAUAGUGAUGUAUAAUUUAUGAAUAUGGUAAUUUUGCACUUGUUUCUUACUUAGAUAUGGUAUUCGAGUAUAUUUGUUAGGCUUGUAUUGAAUUUAUGAUAAAAAUGACGGAUUUACGAUGUAUAAUGAAAUAAUUCUAAUGUAUAUAAAGAAUUAAUAUACACAUUUUAUUCUAAAUA